AUGAUUGAGUUGAAUUUUGAAAACUUUGAGUUUAAAGAGCCUGAAAUAGUCACAAAGAGAUCUAUUUUGUCUUUUGCACACAAGUUGUUUGACCCCAUAGGUAUAACUUGUCCUGCUACUCUCUUGCCUAAGAUAUUGCUGCAGAAAACGUGGGAAAGUAAAAUUGGAUGGGAUGACAAGGUUUCAGAAGAGAUAAAACUUUUGUUUUUAGAUUGGGCAAAGCAACUUGAGAUUUUUUCAAAUUUGAAAAUUCCAAGAUAUUUUGGAAAUGAAAUCGGAGGGAAUAUUUCUUGGACAGUUCACUGUUUGUGUUAUGCAAGCCAGGACGCUUAUGCGGCCGCGGUUUUCCUGAGGGGUGAAUCUAAUGGACUUGUCACAGUUCAAUUAGUUCAAGCGAAGAGUAGAGUUGCACCUGUCAAGAAGAUGACCAUUCCUCGGCUGGAGUUACUGGCGGCUACCAUUGGCGCUCGUCUAACUGACAACGUCUUAAAGAGUUUGGGAUUUGAAAAUGUCAAAACAUUUUAUUGGACCGACUCAACCACCGUUUUGUCAUGGAUUCGUCGAGAAGAUUACUGGGGAGUGUUUGUUUGGAACCGAGUAAAGGAAAUAAGAUCCCUUAGUAACAUUGAAUCUUGGAAUCAUGUUCCAGGCCAUAUGAAUCCAGCUGAUUUGCCGUCACGUGGAUGUUCUCCUAAGCAGCUAGUAGAGUCGAAAUGGUGGGAGGGACCACAAUGGCUAAGAAACUCAUCAAACUUGUGGCCUAACCAAAACUUCAGUGAUGAUUGUGAUGAGAAAGAAGUAAAUUCUGAACUUAGGAAGAUCAAAUCAACUACAAAGAUUAUGAUGAAUUCAAAACCUGAACCAGAUUGUUGGUAUUACAGAUAUUUCUCCAGAUUUGAUAAAAUCGUCAGAUUGGUAGGCUGGAUUUUGAGAUUUUGUUCUAACACAAAUAUGUCUAAACAAAAGAUAUCAGGAGAAUUGUCGGUUGAUGAAUUGAUUAAGGCUCAAAAUAAAGUGUUUAAACUUAUUCAGAAAGACGCUUUCCAUAGUAUCAAGGAUGAAAAAUUGAGUUCAUUGUGUCCGUUUGAAGACAGUGAUGGCUUAUUCAGGUUAAAAACGAAAAUCACAGAGAGACCUGAUAGUAGAAAUUUUAAUCUUCCAAUCGUAUUGCCGAGUAACCAUCCUGUUGUUCACAGAUACAUACAAUACAAACAUGAAGAAAAUUCACAUGUUGGAGUCCAAGGAUUGUUAUCUAUUGUCAGAGAAGAAGUUUUGAUUAUUAGUGGAAGAAGAACUGUAAAAUUAGUUAUUGACAAAUGUGUCAUAUGCAAGCGAUACUGUGUUAAAAGCUAG